AUGCUGGCUGCUCGCUCCUUCGCCGCACCCGCGCGCCAAUGCCUGCGCCAGGCCCGGCCCGCAUUCGCACAACCUGCAUUCCGCACCUAUGCCUCCGCGCCCUCCGAGGUCGCCAAGUUCAAGGGCACCAAGGCCAACGACGGCAAGUACACCGUCUCGUUCAUCGAGGGUGACGGUAUUGGCCCAGAGAUCGCUCAGUCGGUGAAGGACAUCUACUCGGCCGCGAACGUGCCGAUCAAGUGGGAGACAUGCGACGUUACACCCCGCCUGAACCCCGACGGCAAGACGGUCAUCCCCGACGAGUCCAUCGAGAGCAUCAACAGGAACUACGUUGCCCUCAAGGGCCCCCUCGCGACCCCCAUCGGCAAGGGUCACGUUUCGCUCAACCUGACGCUCCGCCGUACCUUCAACUUGUUCGCCAAUGUUCGUCCCUGCAGGUCGAUCGAGGGUUUCAAGACCCCAUACGACAACGUCGACACCGUCCUCAUCCGUGAGAACACCGAGGGCGAGUACUCGGGUAUUGAGCACGUUGUUGUCGAUGGCGUCGUCCAGUCCAUCAAGCUCAUCACCCGUGAGGCUUCUGAGCGCGUGCUCCGCUACGCCUUCCAGCACGCCCGCGACAUAGGCAGGAAGAAGGUCCGCGCUGUCCACAAGGCCACCAUCAUGAAGAUGUCUGACGGUCUUUUCCUGAGCACAGCCCGCGAGCUCGCCAGGGAGUACCCCGACAUUGAGUUUGACGCUGAGCUACUCGACAACACCUGCUUGAAGAUGGUCACCGACCCUCUUCCCUACAAUGACAAGGUCCUCGUCAUGCCCAACUUGUACGGAGAUAUUCUUUCCGACAUGUGCGCCGGCCUGAUCGGUGGUCUUGGUCUUACCCCCUCCGGUAACAUUGGUGACGAGUGCUCCAUCUUCGAGGCUGUCCACGGUUCCGCACCUGAUAUCGCCGGCAAGCAGCUCGCCAACCCAACUGCUCUCCUCCUCUCCUCCAUCAUGAUGCUGCGACACAUGGGUCUCAACACUGAGGCCGCCAACAUCGAGCAGGCUAUCUUCAAGACCAUCGCUGCUGGCAAGUACAUCACUGGUGAUCUCGGCGGCAAGGCCAAGACAUACGACUGGACGCAAUCUCCCACUCUCCGCCGCACCGCCCGUAUUGUAGCAUGGAGCACCAAUGUCGUUGCCGGCCUCUGCGCCAUAACCUUCAUCCGCGAUAACCUAGUCCGCAUCGACGUAAUCCGCGGCUCCUCGAUGUCUCCCACGCUCUCGCCUACCGUACAUGAAACCGGCGUUGAGGACUGGGUCGUCAUAGCCCCUGUGCGUGAACGUCCUCCCAAGAUACAAUACCAAGACGGCCGUGCGUUUGUCGAGGAGCAAGAACAAAAAGACGGCGAGGGUGUUCGGAGAGGCGACGUCGUGACGUUCUGGAAACCGCACCGGCCUGAGGAAAUCAGCAUCAAGCGCGUCGUAGGGUUGCCGGGGGAUGUGGUGUAUCCCAAGAGAGGGUAUGCGCUCGAUUCUGAGACCGUGAGGCUCAGGCGCGCGCACACGCUUGAUGGGCUGCCGGAGGCGGAUGAGGACGCGGUUGGGGGGAGUUUGGAGGAGCUCGCGCUGGGGAGAGUAGUGGUACCAUUUGGACAUGUGUGGGUUGAAGGGGACAAUUGGCGGAAUAGCUUCGAUAGCAGGGACUUUGGUCCGAUUGCGAAGGGGCUGAUUGAGGGGAGAGCGGUUAAGAUUUGGCGGGGAUGGUUCGAUUGGAGGGACGUUGAGGAUGAGCGAGAGAAGAGGGGGAGGAGUAGGGUUAUGAAGGGGAGGGGAGAGGUGCCGAAGGUCUUCUUGGAGUGA